AUGAUUAACACGGCAUCUCUUCAGAACACUACUGCUGCUCAAACUAUCAAUUUAGCAGCAAAUGAUGCAAGCAAAUUUGAUGAACUGAGUCUUUUUGUACAUUAUUUAUGGGAGGCACCUUUUGAAUCUCUCUUAACAUUUGGUCUCAUUUGGUGGAACAUCGGCUUACCCACAUUAUUCGGUUAUGCAGUACUCUUUUUAUUGGUACCCAUACAACUAGUAUUUGGUCGACAAUUCGGCCACUAUCGCAAAACAACAAUGAAAUAUACGGACAAGCGCGUUCAAACUAUUAACGAGCUUAUAAACGGAUGUCAAAUUAUGAAAAUGUACAAUUGGGAAAAAGUAAUAGAACACCGGAUAAACGAAUUACGUCGUCGUGAAUUUUCAAGUAUUUUCAAUUCGAGUUGUUUGCGAGCACUCAACAUGGGUAUCUCAUUCGCAUUACUUUCUUUAAUUUCUCUCGCUACAUUCGGCGGCAGUUGGCUCAUGAAUCGACAGUUGUCGGCGGCAGAAGUUUUUACCACACUAGCUUUUUUUGCCAUGCUUCGAGCACCGGUUACUAUCUUCUUGCCAAUGGCCAUCGAAAAACUUAGUGAAGCUCGUAUUGCCGCAAAGAGAAUCGAUGCGUUUAUGCAGCUCAAUAUUUUGCCAAAGAAAAGAAGAAGAACACUAAAUGAUAAUAAAAAUUAUGCGAUAAUUAUGCAAGAUGCAUCCUUUUCUUGGGCUAAUUCUCCUAAUCUGUUCAUUCUCAAUUUUCAAGUCACUCAUGGCACGUUGAUCGGAGUGAAGGGUGCCGUCGGUGCUGGUAAGUCAUCUUUACUUGCUGCUAUUCUCGGUGAAAUUAAUCUGAUUAGUGGAAAAUUCCAACUGAAUGUCGAUUCUAUCUCGUACGCUCCACAGUCGCCAUGGAUUUUUGCUGACACUAUUCGCGCUAACAUUCUUCUCGGCAAAAAAAUGGAUGAGCAACGUUACAAGGCUGUCAUAAAGUCAUGUUGUCUUGAUAUUGAUCUACACACGUUUGGUGAAGCCGGCGACUUGACAAUAAUCGGUGAUAAAGGUGUUAACUUGAGUGGGGGACAAAAAGCUCGAAUAUCGUUGGCUCGUGUUCUCUAUGCUGACGUCGAUUUAUAUUUAUUCGAUGACCCACUUGCUGCCGUUGACCCGAAAGUAGCAAAAAAGAUAUUCGAUCAAUGUAUCGGUUCUCGUAGCCUUCUCAGUGGGAAAACCCGAUUAUUGGUCACACAUCAAACACAGUUUUUAGCCGAAGCUGAUCAAACAAUUCUUUUAACAGAUGGUUACAUUGAUGAAUCACAAAUUGAAAAACCAACAGCAAAUGACGCGUCAAAUAUUACAGAAGAAUUCGAUUCGUUACCAUCCACUGAAGUCGAUUGGAUACCUCAAAGUGCAGUAGUCGACAAACAUUCGAUAGUAAAAAAUGAGACAUCAUUUGAUGGUGCCGUCAAUUGGAAUGUUUGGAUACGAUUGUUCACUGCACCACCUUUAAGAUGGUUUGGCUUGUUAUUUUUGAUAUUUAUCAUAAUUGCAAGCGAAACUCUAUAUGAUGCGACAAAUCGUUGGCUCAGUGUUUGGUCAGCCAAACAGUAUGCUCUACAACAUUCAUCGUCAGACGCCUGCAUCUAUCUUGGACUGACGCUCGGAACAUUGGUCACGGCAUUAGUACGAGCCAUCUACUUCUAUUAUAUCAUGUUAUGUGGAUCAAAUUAUUUUCACAAUAGCAUGCUCAGUGGUAUCUUAUACACUUCGUUGCAUUUCUUUGCAAGUAAUCCGAGCGGACGAAUUCUGAAUCGAGCAAGUAAAGAUCAACAAGUUCUCGACGAAUUAUUACCCUUAGCUUUACUGGAUGCCAUGCAAGCUCUACUUUCAGCACUAGGGGCACUUGUGAUCAUUGGCAUUAUUAAUCCUUGGGUACUUUUAAUUCUUUUCCCACUCAUACCUUCUUUUUGGUGGCUUCGUCGAUUUUACUUGCGUUCAAGUCGUCAACUCAAGCGACUUGAAAGUGCAACGCGAAGUCCAAUAUUUGCACUAUUUUCGUCUUCACUGGAUGGACUCAUGACUAUUCGCGCGUUUAACGUUGAAGGUGAUUUUUUACAUUUGUUUAUGGAAAGAAUUGAUGCUAAUUCCCGUGCCUAUUUUACUCUCGGUGCUGCUGGGCGAUGGUUUGGUUUACAUCUCGAUCUUAUGACAUCUGCACUUACUAUACUCACCGCUAUUCUAUCGGUUACGUUGCAUCAUCGAAUCAAUCCGGCGGAUGCGGCACUCAGUCUGGCUUACUGCAUCAAUUUGGGAGUGUUCUUUCAGUGGGGUGUACGACAAUCUGCGGAAGCUGAAAAUUUCAUGACUAGUGCUGAACGGAUUUAUGAAUAUGGUCAACUUGUGUCAGAAAAUGAUAGACAUAGAAGCGAGAACAAAGUGCUUAUCCAACCGCCAGAUGAAUGGCCUGCUCGUGGUACUAUCGAAUUCAAAAAUUACACCUUUCGCUAUCGACCAGAGCUCGAGCCGGUACUCAAAAAUAUUAAUCUACGCAUUGAAUCCAACGAAAAAAUUGGAGUUAUUGGCCGAACAGGUAUAGCUAUCUCUCUCAUGGAUACAGAAAAGCACGUGAGUUCCAUUUCGAUCUCUGCUCUAAUUAUUCAAGAAGCACAUUUAUCAAUACAUACAAGUGUGCGAUGUCUUUUUUUGUAA